CGGCGCUAGGUCUGUCAGUAAUUGUGUUUUGUAAUGUAGUUUUCGACUGGUGGAGAAACCGUUCACACAUUUUUAACACCAUUCCCAACAAAUUCAAAUGUUUUGCCAACAUUUCGUAUUAGAAUAGCACAUCAAAUAGAAGUGGCCGUGGAUUUUGCGCUACUCCAAGUUUAUUGAAAAACAUCUUUCUAAUUCAACGACAUCACGAGUUCUAUUAUAUAUGCAAAGCAACGAACUACAAGGACAUUCGAAAACAAGCGGCAUAUUCCGUUAAAUACUAAGGGCGGACCAAGAUCGGAUAGGAUACAGAUGUCCUAAGCAAUUCCCGUCGCUCUGCUGCCGUUUCCAGACCUGUCUUAAAAGCUCCUACGGUGCGAGUACAGCACCAGCAGAAAAAUGUUGGCAUUGAAGUACAAUGUGAACCCAUAUCGUCGGCAGCUGCUGGUCCAUGAGGAGGUUGCCAUAGAGGGCGCCAAAAACAUAGUCAAGGCUGCUGCUGGCCUUCCCAAGCCACUCACUCCGACCGGUCAUGUGCCAGUGCUAGUGGACGUGCGAUGCAUGGACUCGAAGGCCGUCUAUCACUUCCAUGUGAAUGUUCCUACACACGGCUGGCCUCCAGAAGAUUACGAGGAGCUUGGGCGAGAUACAGAAUGUCAACCACUGCGGCUGAUGUUCCCAAGGGAGCGACCGCCCUGUCCCAUUCAUAGCACCGGUCUUGAUGGGACGGGUACAAUGGGUGUCUGGCAUGACCCAAACUCCGCCGACAAGACUCUGCUACUAGUCGCUCAGACCGGGGUUCACAAGGUCCUUCCACACCGGAGCCUAACGGCCCCAGUUCUAGUUUCUACAAUUACCGAGGCUCCCACCGCCAAUCCGGCGGACGAGAAGAUCAAGGCCCACUUCAUGGCGGCCUUGCACCAACAGCAGUCCAGUCCCCUUGCCCACUCGGUACUGUGGGUGAAUGAGUGCAAGGAGACUGUAGGGGCUCACCAGCCGCCUCCCUUGCAGAUUGAGGAGCUCCAGCAGGACGAGACUAAUGCUUGUGUGGCCAAGACCCCAGAAAGCGGAAAGGCCUUACUGAACGGGUAUGUGGCCCUGGGCAUCAGGAAGGUUGAUGGCCUGAUCUCACGCCCCUUGAAUGGAUACCAGCCAGUCAAGAAGCUGCACUCGCCCAGCCACGCCCAAGACAAGGUUCCUGAACUUUGCCUCGACAGCAGCGGGGCUUACGUACAAAACGAGCAGAUUCAAAGGCAGCAAUCAAAAAAACCAUUCAAUGGAAUCCACAAGCAGCCCCACCAGUCAGAUUCGCAUCCCUCUGUGUACCAUAAGUUGCAUGGUCCGAACGGACUACAGUCACUACAGACCAGAAGCGCGUUGGUACCAAAAAGCUGCUUUAAAGUCGUCACCACCAAUCAUCAUUACAGCUCCAAAAAGAUUCUGCCGCCUCAAAAAAAAAAGUUUUCACACAAAAACGGCUUUAAGUUCUUUGCUCAAAUGCGCAAACAGAAGCUUUCGCCGCCUCGCUCCAGGGGUGAGCGCCCCAUGAUGGUUCAUCUAGAACAGGAGGUGGAAAUCGAAAAGCUGUGGGAUCAGAAGCCACCUAGCACGGUUGCUGCAGUCUUAAAUGAUUCAGAUGAGCCUGCGCGGGACCAGGCCCGCUAUCCGAAUUGUCCCCCGGAGCUGCACAACCUGUUCCGCUGGAACAACUGCCGCCUGUGCCAUACCACCAUGCGGACGAUGCGCAACGCCAUGGAACACUACCGCUCAAAGGAGCACGAUCGCCGGAUGGGCUCCUUGCGGAUGCCCGACGGCCUUACACAAAGCAGCGUGUCCGAUGACGGGCUGCAGGAGCUGCCCAACGCCAGAUCUAUCGACUUAUACUGCGAGCUGUGCGAUCUGAAGCUCACAUCGAAUGUGCACGCCGACCAGCACUUCCACGGACGCCGGCACCAGAUGGUGGCCCACAACCUCUCCAAGCCCAACGGGCUGGGCUACUAUAACUCGCAUGGCCGCUGGGUGCGUACCGACUCCAAGUGGCUCAACUGCGAGCUGUGCGAUGUGAGCAUAACUUCGGAGUCCCAGAUGGCCAUGCACAUGGCAGGGGCCCGACAUCGCCGGCGUGUCCUUGACAGCUACAUCAGCGGAGACAUGGCGGUUCCUUUUGACGGCCGCCAUAUGUACCGCGUUUCCACCGGCUCGAUGACCGCCCUCAAGCCACUGGGUCUGUACACCAGCAAGUCCAGCAGCCCUAAGGAUCCGGAUAAUAUUUGCGCCAUGAAUGCCGCCUACUACUGCGAGGCCUGUGAUAUAACGCUGAACCACCUGAAGUCGGUGAAGCAGCACGAGCAGGGGCGCUUGCACAAGAAGAACAUUAACCGCCUGCCCCCGGUCCACUGAGUGACUGAGUGGCCAAAAGACCGGGUGACCAGAUACCACAAGAAAGAUUACUGCGAAUGCAUCAGCGAGCAGUAUGAGCAGUAGCAGGUAACAUGCUGUAACCCCAUUCUAGGGUGUGUUUUGCGCAAUUUAUUUUUGAUCCAUUUAAUUGUAUACGUUUUCUAUCAGAUUUUUAAAUAUAAUUAUAUAGUAACCACA